GAUAUUUGUGCGAAAAUCGAGCGGAAGCUUCAGUCGCAGCAAUUUGUUAAAACUGGAGUAUAAAGCUACUUGGAGACCCUUUGUAUGUAAAUGGGGUGGUAAAAAAAAAAAAGAAAAAAAAAAAAAGACCCUCCCCGUCUUUGUAAUUAAUUGACACGUUAUACCACUCAUCAUGCUCUGAAGCACCAAUGGUAGAGGCUCGGAUCUCCCCAAAACCCACAAUUUCACAUCUGCAAACACUGUCUUCAUCCACUUGACUCCUAAGACCCGCCCACACGUGGCCAACCUUUCGCGCUUUUUAACGCUUUUUCACUGCAGGUUCAUGUGUUGAGACCAACCUUAUAUGGAGUGAUCAGACAAGGUAAUGGCUUAUAUCCCCGUAGCAGCCAGCAGCAGCAGCACAGUGUCCAUGAGCCCGCCGUAGCUCUGCAGCCACUUUGGCAUCCUUCCCUGGACUUACACGGAGCGGCUCCACUGGCGAUGCUCGUCCACAGAGGGCUGCUUUGAUUCGGUUUCAGGCGUAGAGCGACCCCUACUCAAACCUCGCCUCUGCUUCUCUCUGUCCUCGGUUUGUUUGUUUGUUUGUUUGUUGGUUGGUUUGUUGGUUGGUCUCAGAAACAGCCGGAUUGUCCCGAAAAGCUGGUGCGGCAACUUUUUUUUUUUUCCCCCAGCAUAUUUUGGCCCCCCCAGCUAAAUAUGUCGCUGACCAACACAAAGACGGGCUUUUCUGUAAAGGACAUUUUGGACCUGCCGGACACGAAUGACGAGGAGGGAUCUAUCACCGGAGCCGAGGAGGACACGGAGGGAUCGGAGACCACGUCCACGACGAAGGGCGCUGGAGUUUUGGUGCAAAGUCCCCUGGAAAACGUUCAGAAUCUGCCUUUAAAGAACCCGUUUUAUGACAGCAGUGACAAUCCCUACACACGGUGGCUGGCUACCACGGACAGCAUUCAGUAUUCAUUGUUUCUCCCGUUUCUUGCCGCAGUGCACGGCCUCUCCGCCAGCUCCCAGGACUCGGCCAAGUCCCCGGAGCCGUCCGCCGACGACGAGUCCCCGGACAACGACAAGGAGACGUCCAGCAGCGGCGGCAGCGACUCCGGCAAGAAGCGCAAACGGAGGGUGUUGUUUUCCAAGGCGCAGACCUACGAGCUGGAGCGCCGCUUCCGGCAGCAGAGGUACCUGUCCGCCCCGGAGCGGGAGCACCUGGCCAGCCUGAUCCGGCUCACCCCGACCCAGGUGAAAAUCUGGUUCCAGAACCACCGGUAUAAGAUGAAGAGAGCCCGGGCCGAGAAAGGUAUGGAAGUGACCCACCUGCCCUCCCCCCGGCGGGUGGCCGUGCCCGUCUUAGUCAGGGAUGGAAAGCCUUGUCACACUCUUAAAGCUCAGGACUUGGCGGCCACUUUUCAGGCCGGGAUCCCCUUCUCGGCUUACAGUGCCCAGUCUCUCCAGCACAUGCAGUAUAACGCGCAGUACGGCGCCGCGGCCACGCCGCAGUUUCCCACGGCGCAUCAUUUGGUGCAGACGCAACAGUGGACUUGGUGAGAAAAGCAGAGAAAACGGGGGAAAACGGAGAGACUUGUUCUGGAGGCACACUAGGGAGUUCCACCACAAAAACAAAGAGAAGAAACAGAGAGAGAGAGAGAAAAAAUAAAACACAAAAACAAAAGACUUUUCAUUUUUGCAGCUUGACUCAUAUAUAUAUUCUACCAUUUUUAUUCGGGGCUCACGUGUGCGCCGUGUUUACAUGUUUUCGUUAAGAGAACUGGGUUCGAACCUCCGCCUCUUAUAGACUUUAUUAAGAAUGUCAAUGCUCUUCUUGUGACAAUUUUUUUUCUUCCCUUUUUUGUAAAGUAUGUUGUGUGUUGGUUGUAGAGAUGCCUCCCUCCCUCCCUCCAUCCCUCCCCCCCCGAACUCCCCCAUUGUCCCCCUCGUGUUAUUAUCAGCACGUACGAACCACUUUAUAAUUAUAGAAAAAUUUUAAUUUCUUGCUUCUUUUAUGGACCGAAAAAAUAUUUAUUGCCACGAAUAAACACUGGCAACUUUUCAGCUAUUUUCCUUUGGGUUUUUUAUUUAUUUAUCGGGAAUAUUGUUGUGAUCGACGGUGACUUUGUGGAUCGUAGGAUCGUGUGAUCGCGUGAUCGGCCUUCGUUACAAUUUUAAAAUCAAUUGAAUUUUUUUAAAAUCGAAUCUAAAUAAAAGUGUCGCCUGACGUAAAAGGUUAAAUUGACGUAUUCGUAAACUAGGAUUUAAAUUUAAAUUUACAUUAAAAACACCGAAUCGGUUGGAUUAGAGUUCGGUUUUUGUAUAAACGGCCCAUUU